GGUUUGAAGCAAGAAAAAUUUGAAGAAAAAAAUAUUUUAGAAGAUGAGGAAGAGACAAGUAGUUGUGAGAAGAACAUCAUCAUGUGAAGAUCAACAAAGAAGUGUGAAAUAUGGAGAGUGUCAAAAGAAUCAUGCAGCUAAUGUUGGAGGUUAUGCUGUUGAUGGUUGUAGAGAAUUUAUGGCAAGUGGUGAAGAAGGUACAAGUGUUGCUUUAAUUUGUGCUGCUUGUGGUUGUCAUAGAAACUUUCACAAAAGAGAAGUUGAAAAUGAAGUUGUUUCUGAAUGUUCUUCCCCUCACUCUAAUGGUACUUGAACCUGUUUCAUUAUAUAUAUCAAACAAGUAUAUAUAUAUAUAUAUGGUAUUCUUGUAAUAUAUUUAGUAUAUAUAUUAUAUAUGCUACUUGAGAGUUUGGGAGUGGUACUAUAUAUAUAUAUAUAUAUAUAUAGUUUUGAAGGUUGAUGUGUGUAAAUUAAGGGGUAAAAGUGAAAGGUAAUUUAUUGAGGAGGUUGCUUUUAUGAAGAGAAGUGUGCAAAGUUUGUUGAGAUCUUGUUCUAUUCUUAUUUUAGUUAUCUACUUUUUUUUUAUUGUCUUCUUUUUUUGUUAUGAUUUGUUUAUGAUCAUCUUUUGUGUAAUUAAUUAAGAUGUGUGUUAAGGAUUUAAUUUGUUUAA